CUGGACGGAGAGAGGAGGUUAGGUGAAACAGCGCGAGGGCGAGGCACUAAUGAGCUAAUAAAAGGAAAAAGACGAUGGUUGCGCCAAGUGAGCUCGGCCGCCAUCAUGCUCUAGUUUCCCCUUCGCCUCUCCGAGUCCGCGACCGAGGAAAAGGUCUCUGGGAUGCUGAGGGGGUGUGUCCCCGAAUGAUUGGCGCAGACAGCUCAGCCAAUCGUAGCUCGUCAAACGGAACGCAUUUGACCAAUGAGGGGCGACGGCAGCUGGGAGAAAUUGGAGGGGCGGAACGGCAGCUUGACGGGCACAAAAGCCAGCCAGUGAGGGCCGGCAGCAUCCUCCCUGCGGCCAAUGGAGUGGGGCUCUGGGCGGGCCCCCGAGUGUUUGUGUUGUGGUUUUGGGGGAGGGAGGCGGAGGGGAAAGUUUGUUUAUUUUGUUUUUAGUUUCUGGGGUCCCCGUGUUUCUCGGAGGUGAAGCGGGAGGGAGUGACUCCCCCCGAGCCCCUCAGUCCCUCUACUACGUCGCCUCCAUAGCCUGCAGAGAAGCGGGGACCGCGCGCAUCGCGGCGCAUCGCCUCACAGCGGAACGCCGCGCACUUGGAGCCGGCACGGCUCAGUGGGUUUUGGUUUUUGCACUGAAUGUAGUCUAGACUCAUCUUCACGGGCUUGUGUUGCCCCAGGAUACUGUCAAAGGCAGUAUUUGUGUGUUUCUGCAGAGUUUUGCACAGAGUCUGUUCCCAUGCAGACCAAUGAGGGAGAAGUAUCAGAAGAAAGCAGUUCCAAGAGGUUUAGAUCACUGUGUAAAUUUAGGAUGGAAGAAUCCUCCCUCUCCUUGGCAAAAUCUGGUAGGCUGCAGAAUCAGGAAGUCCGUAGAGAAGAAUAAAAGUCGAAACCUGGUUUGAAUUUCACAUUAUGCAGUGGAACAGGAGGAUUUUGUAAUGGAAGGGCAUGGCAAGACUCCACCUCCUGGUGAAGAAAGCAAACAAGAGAAGGAGCAAGAAAGGGAAGAACAGUUAAUGGAAGACAAGAAAAGGAAGAAAGAGGAUAAAAAGAAAAAAGAAGCCACUCAGAAGGUCACGGAACAAAAAACCAAAGUGCCCGAAGUGACGAAACCAAGUUUAAGCCAACCAACGGCCGCCAGCCCAAUUGGCAGCUCUCCAUCGCCACCAGUCAAUGGUGGCAACAAUGCCAAAAGGGUGGCAGUGCCGAACGGACAACCGCCAAGCGCCGCCCGCUACAUGCCUCGGGAGGUGCCGCCGCGAUUCCGUUGCCAGCAGGACCACAAAGUGUUACUAAAACGUGGGCAGCCUCCUCCACCGUCCUGCAUGCUCCUCGGGGGCGGGGCGGGGCCUCCUCCCUCCACAGCGCCAGGAGCAAACCCCAACGCACAAGUGACAGGAGCGCUGCUGCAGAGCGAGGGUGGGACCGCACCAGAGUCAGCCCUUGGAGGUGCUGCUGCUUCACAUUAUGCAAAUCCCACUUGGGGCCCGGGAGCCUCCUCCAACAACGGCGCCUCCCCCAACCCUAUUCACAUCUGGGACAAGGUGAUUGUAGACGGGUCUGACAUGGAAGAGUGGCCUUGCAUUGCCAGCAAAGACACUGAGUCUUCUUCCGAAAACACCACCGAUAACAACAGUGCCUCGAACCCUGGCUCUGAGAAGAGCACUCUGCCAGGAAGCACCACUAGUAACAAAGGAAAAGGGAGCCAGUGCCAGUCUGCAAGUUCUGGGAACGAAUGUAAUCUUGGGGUCUGGAAAUCUGACCCUAAGGCUAAAUCUGUUCAAUCUUCCAACUCUACUACAGAAAGCAACAAUGGACUAGGGAAUUGGAGGAGCGUGAGCGGCCAGGACAGAAUUGGACCUGGCUCUGGCUUCAGCAACUUUAACCCAAAUAGCAACCCAUCUGCCUGGCCAGCGCUGGUCCAAGAAGGAAAUUCUAGGAAAGGGGCAUUGGAAACGGAUACUAGUAAUUCCAGUGCACAGGUUAGCACAGUAGGUCAGGCAUCCAGGGAACAGCAGUCAAAGAUGGAAAAUGCGGGUGUUAAUUUUGUUGUCUCUGGCAGAGAACAGGCUCAAAUUCAUAACACUGAUGGACCAAAAAAUGGAAACACUAACUCCUUGAACUUAAGUUCACCAAACCCCAUGGAGAAUAAGGGAAUGCCCUUCGGAAUGGGCUUGGGGAACGCCUCCAGGAGCACUGAUGCCCCUUCACAAAGCACUGGAGAUCGAAAGACUGGGAGUGUUGGAUCUUGGAGUGCAGCUAGGGGGCCUUCUGGAACUGACACAGCCUCUGGACAGAGCAAUUCUGGAAACAAUGGGAACAAUGGAAAGGAUAGAGAGGACUCCUGGAAAGGAGCUCCUGUUCAGAAAUCAACCGGGUCAAAAAAUGACUCUUGGGACAACAAUAACAGGUCUACGGGUGGGUCCUGGAACUUUGGCCCUCAGGACUCUAAUGACAACAAAUGGGGUGAAGGGAACAAAAUGACAUCUGGGGUCUCUCAGGGAGAAUGGAAACAGCCGACUGGGUCUGAUGAGUUGAAAAUUGGAGAAUGGAGUGGUCCAAACCAACCAAAUUCUAGCACUGGAGCAUGGGACAAUCAAAAGGGCCACCCCCUCCCUGAAAACCAAGGCAAUGCCCAGGCUCCCUGUUGGGGAAGAUCUUCCAGCUCCACGGGAAGUGAAGUUGGAGGUCAAAGCACUGGAAGCAACCACAAAGCAGGAAGUAGUGACAGUCAUAAUUCUGGCCGUCGGUCGUACAGGCCCACACAUCCUGAUUGUCAGGCUGUCUUGCAGACUCUUUUGAGCCGAACUGAUUUGGACCCCAGGGUGCUCUCAAACACUGGCUGGGGCCAAACUCAAAUUAAGCAGGACACAGUGUGGGAUAUUGAAGAGGUGCCAAGGCCCGAGGGGAAAUCUGACAAAGGAACUGAGGGGUGGGAGAGCGCUGCCACACAGACCAAGAACUCAGGGGGCUGGGGAGAUGCACCCAGCCAAAGCAAUCAAAUGAAGUCUGGAUGGGGGGAGCUCUCAGCCUCUACAGAAUGGAAAGACCCCAAGAACACAGGAGGCUGGAAUGACUAUAAGAACAACAACUCUUCCAGUUGGGGAGGAGGACGACCAGAUGAAAAGACAUCUUCCUCUUGGAAUGAGAAUUCCAACAAGGAGCAGGGGUGGGGAGGUGGACGCCAGCCCAAUCAAGGAUGGACUUCUGGAAAGAAUGGUUGGGGAGAGGAGGUCGAUCAGGCGAAAACUAGCAAUUGGGAAAGUUCUGCCAGUAAACCUGUGUCUGGGUGGGGUGAAGGAGGGCAGAAUGAAAUCGGAACUUGGGGGAACGGUGGGAAUGCAAGCCUAGCUUCAAAAGGCGGGUGGGAAGAUUGCAAAAGAUCUACAGCCUGGACAGAGACAGGCAGACAACCCAGUUCCUGGAACAAACAGCACCAACAGCAGCAGCAGGCACAGCAGCCACCGCCACCACAACCAGAGACUUCUGGUUCAUGGGGAGGCCCAGCCCCACCACCUCCAGGCAAUGGACGACCUUCCAGUUCCAACUGGAGCAGCGGGCCGCAGCCAGUGAACCCGAAGGAUGAGGAACCCAGUGGUUGGGAAGAGCCGUCCCCACAGUCGAUUAGUCGGAAGAUGGACAUUGAUGAUGGCACUUCGGCGUGGGGAGACCCUAACAGUUACAACUACAAGAAUGUGAAUCUGUGGGAUAAGAAUUCCCAAGGGGGCCCAGCACCUCGAGAACCAAACCUGCCUACCCCGAUGACUGCUAAAUCAGCAUCAGUCUGGAGCAAAAGCACACCACCUGCUCCAGAUAAUGGUACUUCAGCUUGGGGUGAGCCAAAUGAAAGCAGUCCUGGGUGGGGUGAAAUGGAUGACACAGGAGCAUCGACCACAGGCUGGGGGACCACACCCUCCAGUGCUCCAAAUGCCAUGAAACCUAAUUCCAAAUCUAUGCAAGACGGCUGGGGGGAGAGUGACGGGCCCGUGACAGGAACCCGCCAUCCCAGCUGGGAAGAGGAGGAGGAUGGAGGAGUCUGGAACACCGCCGGCUCUCAGGGAAGUGCUUCCUCCCACAGUUCGGCAAGCUGGGGCCAAGGAGGAAAGAAACAGAUGAAGUGCUCACUAAAAGGAGGAAACAAUGAUUCAUGGAUGAAUCCCCUUGCCAAACAGUUUUCAAAUAUGGGAUUGCUGAGUCAAACUGAAGAUAAUCCAAGUAGCAAAAUGGAUUUGUCUGUAGGGAGCCUUCCAGAUAAAAAAUUUGAUGUGGACAAGCGAGCAAUGAAUCUCGGGGAUUUUAAUGAUAUCAUGAGGAAGGAUCGAUCUGGGUUCCGUCCACCUAAUUCCAAAGACAUGGGAACCACAGAUAGUGGGCCUUAUUUUGAGAAGCUGACUUUGCCUUUCUCCAAUCAAGAUGGGUGCCUUGGGGAUGAGGCUCCCUGCUCUCCCUUCUCCCCUUCUCCCAGCUACAAGCUGUCUCCCUCUGGUUCCACACUACCCAACGUCAGCCUUGGAGCAAUCGGCACAGGGCUCAACCCCCAAAACUUCGCUGCUAGACAAGGUGGCAAUCAUGGUUUGUUUGGAAAUAGCACAGCACAAUCGAGAGGCGUGCACACCCCCGUGCAGCCACUGAAUUCUUCUCCUAAUCUCCGGGCGCAAGUGCCUCCCCAGUUCAUUUCCCCCCAGGUUUCUGCCUCAAUGCUCAAGCAGUUUCCCAACAGUGGCCUGAAUCCAGGUCUUUUCAAUGUGGGGCCCCAGUUAUCUCCUCAACAAAUUGCCAUGCUGAGCCAGCUUCCACAGAUUCCCCAGUUUCAGUUGGCGUGUCAGCUGCUCCUGCAGCAGCAGCAACAGCAGCAGUUGUUACAGAACCAGAGGAAGCUUUCUCAAGCCGUGCGCCAGCAGCAGGAGCAGCAGCUGGCUCGAAUGGUGAGCGCCCUGCAGCAGCAGCAGCAGCAGCAGAGGCAGCCCAGCAUGAAACAUUCGCCGUCUCAUCCCGUUGGGCCCAAGCCGCAUCUGGACAACAUGGUCCCCAACGCUCUAAAUGUGGGGCUCCCAGACCUUCAAACCAAAGGGCCAAUACCUGGAUAUGGUUCUGGCUUCAGCUCUGGCGGCAUGGACUACGGCAUGGUUGGUGGAAAGGAGGCUGGAACAGAGUCUCGCUUUAAACAGUGGACCUCCAUGAUGGAGGGGCUGCCCUCUGUAGCCACACAGGAAGCCAAUAUGCACAAAAAUGGCGCUAUAGUGGCCCCUGGUAAGACCCGAGGAGGGUCACCAUACAACCAGUUUGAUAUCAUCCCGGGUGACACACUGGGUGGCCAUACGGGUCCUGCUGGUGAUAGCUGGUUACCUGCCAAAUCUCCACCAACAAAUAAAAUCGGAAGUAAAUCCAGCAAUGCCAGCUGGCCUCCAGAAUUCCAACCAGGAGUGCCAUGGAAAGGUAUCCAAAACAUUGACCCUGAAUCUGACCCCUAUGUCACCCCAGGAAGUGUGCUGGGGGGUACAGCCACAUCUCCCAUUGUAGAUACUGACCACCAACUUCUGCGGGAUAACACCACAGGGUCUAAUUCUUCCCUCAACACCUCGCUGCCUUCACCUGGUGCCUGGCCCUACAGUGCCUCUGACAACUCCUUCAGCAACGUUCAUAGCACUUCAGCAAAGUUCCCUGAUUACAAAUCGACAUGGUCCCCAGAUCCCAUAGGACACAACCCCACUCAUCUCUCCAACAAGAUGUGGAAAAACCAUAUUUCCUCAAGGAACACUACACCGCUGCCCCGCCCACCUCCCGGUCUGACCAACCCCAAACCGUCAUCUCCCUGGAGCAGCACAGCACCCCGCUCAGUCAGGGGGUGGGGGACACAGGACUCACGGCUUGCCUCUGCCUCCACCUGGAGUGAUGGUGGUUCAGUUCGUCCUAGUUACUGGCUGGUUCUUCACAAUCUCACUCCACAGAUUGAUGGGUCAACCUUGAGAACCAUCUGCAUGCAGCAUGGCCCACUGCUGACAUUCCAUCUGAACCUAACCCAGGGCACCGCCCUGAUCCGAUACAGCACCAAACAGGAGGCGGCCAAGGCCCAAACUGCACUGCACAUGUGUGUGUUGGGAAACACUACCAUCCUGGCUGAGUUUGCCACUGAUGAUGAAGUUAGCCGCUUUCUGGCACAAGCUCAGCCCCCUACCCCUGCGGCAACCCCGAGUGCACCCGCAGCGGGUUGGCAGUCCCUGGAGACCGGCCAGACCCAGUCAGAUCCCGUCGGACCUGCUCUGAAUCUUUUCGGUGGGUCCACAGGGCUCGGGCAAUGGAGCAGCAGUGCUGGUGGCAGCAGCGGGGCCGAUCUUGCUGGCGCUUCAUUGUGGGGACCCCCAAACUAUUCUUCUAGCUUGUGGGGAGUCCCGACCGUGGAAGACCCCCAUAGGAUGGGCAGCCCUGCUCCUUUACUACCUGGUGACCUUCUGGGAGGAGGGUCGGAUUCAAUCUGAACUUAGAACUUUCAACUCUGACCUCGUGACCUUUUUUGGAACAGCAGCAGCACUAACUUGACCUUUUCGUUUUUUUUUUCAACUUGCAAUAAAUACAUUUUUAAAAGGAAAAAAGAAAACGGAGAGAGAAAAAAAGGUGGGUCAUUGACAGACUGUCUGAGCACAUAGUUGCCUCCCUUAUAACUUCAGUUUUUUCGUUUGGAAUAUGAAUCCAAAAAGAGAACAUAUCACUCUUGAAAUACUUGAAUCAUGAACGCCAACCUAGAAAGACAAUGUGAAGCAAGUACACAUACCAUUUAAAUUUAAACACAAAAAAAUUAAAAAAAUUAGUUUCUAGUUUUUCACUUUUUUCAUGUUAUAUGGAAGUUGUUGCUAAGAAACAUAUAUACUGAAAAAAAAAUAGCUUUUUAACUUUGUUUGCACUGGGUGUGUUUCCGUCCUUAGGUCUACCAUGUUUGGGAGGGAGGGGAAUUCAAAAGAAUUGUUGGGGUGGGGGAGGGAAGACUUGACGGAGCCUCACUUUAAAAACAAAAACACAAAAAACCUAAAAAAAAAAACAAAAAAAAAGAAAAAAAAGAAAAAAAUUGUGAUUGGCUGGUUGGUAAAUACCAGUGUGUUCUGGCACAUGUAACUGCCCAGGCAUGCUCGUUCUGGUAUGUGUGUGCACGUGUGUUCAUGUGCAUUCGCGUGCAUCCUUCUCUCUGUCUCUCUGUGUGUGUGUGUGUGUGUGUGUGUGUGUGCGCGCGCGCGCGCACGCGCACGCGCCUGUGUCCUCCUCCUCUCCCCAUCCUGAUUUCUCAGAAAGCUGCAUUGCUGACAGUCCGCAGGCUGGCUGGCCGGCCAUCUGCUUUUUAUUUUUAUUUUUAUUUUUUUUAACUAUGAGAACACAGGAGCACGAGCACCUCGGGGAGCCACUGCUACUGAAGCCACCCCGUUGGGCUGUAUUGAGAUGAACAGAGUGCUUUUUAAUGAGGAAAGCAGGGAGCUCCUUUACAUUUGCAAAGUAGCCCGAGCGUGAGUUUUCUGUCUCUUUUCUUUUGACCUAGCAGUAGAGUGGAACACUGCCAAGUCCCCAAAACUAGGAAAGCAGGAGGUACCUCUUGGAGCAACUGUGUGUUUAUUUAUUUCUGUUUUUUUGAAGUAAGUGGCUAGUAGUAGGCACAUCUGAAUAUCUGUUAAAUUUCAUGCUGGCCUUUUCAUUAGUCUGAAUGGGAACAGACAGUAAGGUAGCUUUUAAUGAUGUGAUGUCUCAAAAGCAGAAAAACUGUGUUCCCCCUUUGUUGUGUAAUCGGGUAUGAGAAAUUGGUCAGAAAGUCAGGUAAUGCUGAAUUUAAAAUUUCUAUUGUUUCUCUUUAACAUUUUACGAGAACAGAAAAAAAAAUAAGUUGUGAGCAGCCUCCUGCAAGCAUCCGCAGCUCCUCCCUCUCUGCCCCCUUCUUGCUGAGCGUUACCUGUGCCAGGCCGUGGCGUGUUACAGCACCAGGCCAUCACUGACAGAAACGUUUACUUAACGAAUGUUCUUAAACCAGUGUGUACUUCAAGCGUUUCCUUUUGUUUCUCUGUGUUGUGUAUUUCCUGUGUAUGUGGUUUUGCUUAGGCAGGUAUAACUUAGCAAAGACUUAAGUAUUGCACCUUUUUUUUGGUUUUGACCUCUUUUUUUUUCCCUUGUAAUGUUGCUUUUUUUAUUUCGGUAUUUAAAGACUUUUUUUUUUUAAGCAUCAAUGUAGUAGUACUCUGGGCCGAAUAGGGGGCAACUUUUAAUCCACAGUUAUCACCAACAUGUAUGUACUUAUGUUGGAAUCAAAAUGUAUCAAACUGCUUUUUGUGAAGAGUUACAGCAGACCUGAAGGGUACCCCUUUAUACAAAACAGAUGGCUGGCGGGGCGGGGGUGGGGGGUGGGGGGGGGGGGCGUGUGCCGGUAACGUGGUAGCACUUGUGUGGACAUCCCAGUCUGCAUUAUACUGUUUAACAUAAAGUGCCGACAUUCUGUACCAGCAAAUACCUGCCCAUUCCAACCCUUGGUGGGAGCAGACCUCUACUGUCCUCCGUAACUUGCUGCUAGUGAGGACAAGGGAGUUUUUCUUUCUUUAGCAUCUUCAGUGAAGGAUACAACAAUGCCUAAUAAUGUAUUUGACUUUUAGCUUGUGUCUGUGGGUGGGUGGGUGGCUGUGUAUAGGAAAAGGCAAAAACCAAUUAUUUGCAUUUAAGUGGUUUUGUGAGACAAAGAAUGGGAAUUCUGUAGUCCUCUCAGUUUACUCUGUUGAUUAUAAACCUAGCCUCAGAAGAGAUUGACGUGCGCAGCCCAAGCGAGUGCUCGCUCGUGCAAGUCUUUAUGAACCCUUUGUGGGCAGGUGGUCAAACUUGAGUUUCUAGCGUUGGUUUGGUCCCAUCGGAUGCCUUUAGAAAACUAACUGUGCCCUCCGGUUUUCAUCACCACGAUGCCCCUUCCACUUCUGCCCAUGCACAAAAUGUCUCCUUCGAGCCCCACCGACUGCUCUCUGCCUGGGGGCGCAAAACCCUGGCAUGUGUGGUGGCCUCCAGGUGAAGAGCAGCUGUGUUCACACAUCUACAGAAGGCUGAAUCUGAGUGUCCCUGGGCCGGGAGCAUGUCCUGAGGCUCACGCGAGCCAGUGGUGACUGUCCACUGCCGCUUUUGGUUCCCUGGCAUGUCCUCCCCACCCUCCUCUUUUCCUGCCUGUUGAUUCCUUGACCUGCACUAUGGGUUAGUUGAGUUCCUUAACGAUACUACGGUGAAAGCCGGGUGCUAGAGCCCCUCUUGUUUACAAGACAUAAUGAGGGAUUUGAAAUAUGUAAAAAUAAACAUGAGAAGCUAAAAUGUUCUUCCAUCAUAAGCUUAAAGGGAAAAAAACUGAAAACUUAAAAAAAGACCAAAAAGUGCAUAUAUAUAUACAUAUAAAUAUAUAUUUUAGAUGAAGACUAACUCUGGGAGCAUUUAACAGUGUUUUUUGUUUUUAACAUUUAUUUUCCUGCUUUAAAAUUUGCAAGCAUUCUCAGGAAUUCUAGGGUAGGAAGCCAGAUUUUGGAAGAUGGUUUAUUUAACCAUAUCUUAUCCUAGAUAGACGGCUGUUUCUUUCCUGUUAAUAAACUUUUACAAGUUCCUGAAACUUCAGAAAGUUUAAACAAUUUUUACUUAAAAUGUAAAAAGAAAAGUCUCCAAACAUUAUUGUCAUACUGGGGAUCACACAUUUUAAAACAUGUAGAAAGAAAUAUUUUUUAAAAAUUAUCAAUUUAGCAGCAACAGGUAAAUUCACGAGCUUAAAAGAUAUGGGAGAAGGAUUAAGCUUUAUAAGCGCUCUAGCAUGGAUUCAUUGGAAAUUGUGCAUAAUUUAGUGGGAGAGUGUUUGGUGUGUAUAAAUGGGAAUGCCAUCACUUUAUUCCUUUCCGUUUAAGACUGAACAUUUAAAUCUCCCCUUGGAACUUUUGAUUUUCUUUAAAGGAACCUUUCACCCUGUCUCCCCAACCCCAGCAACAAAAGAAAGGAUCAAAGAAAGAAACAAUAGCUUAAAAAAAAAAGUAACUCUAAUCUGUAAAGUAGUACGGUUGGAUUGCUGAGAAUCUAUGUAAAGAGUUAGGAAAUAUAGGUUAAUAAUUUUUGGAACAAAUUUAAAUGUAGGCAUUACUAGAGAAAAAGUAUCUAUGGACUGUUCUGUUAAUGAAGAAUGUCCGUCUUACCUCCGUUUGUUAAGGGAGGAGGAGAAAGUAGAAGAAUCUAAUAAGGAACAAGUGGUUUUACUUUUUUAGCUCCCAGCUACCGUUGUGCUCAUUUUAAUUGCUGUUCUGAAGAUCUGCUGCUUAAUUAUCCCCAUCCCCCAGCAGGAGAUGCGGAGUAUUUCCUUUCGGUUUUUGGUGAUGUUGAAUUCUCUUUUUGUAUUCCCUCCUGGGCCAGGGGUUAGAAUUCCCAAGCAUGACCACAGCUUCUUUUAAACACCUAAGCUUCCCAGUGGGAAAGAAACUCCUGCUCGACAGGUAAAGGGAGUGGGUGGGGUUGCUGCCUGCAGUUUCUCUGAAACCGCUUUAGUGCCUUCGUACAUACACCCACACCUCCUAAGCAGGAGGAACUCGUGCGUAUGUGCAUGUGGUCCCGUCGCUCCAGACAGUAAGACGCUCACCCGUUACAGAAAUUGGAGUGGUUCUGGACAGGCCCCAAAGGCAGUGGGCUAAAAUUAAAGUCAUUAAAGAAACAGAAAUCGAGGAAGUAUGCUUUUAUGUCUUGAUAAUGUGGGAUACCAAGAUCCUUCCUUGUGCUGUCACCCUUUGUUACUGUGUAUCAGCUUCUCCGGUGACAACUGCAGUGACUUGGAAAGGCUCUGUGUCGGGCCUUUAGAAAGGGGUUCCUGUUUUUCUGCUCUUCUCCUUUGUCUCCUCCCUUUCCCAUCAACUCCCUUUUUCUUGACCAGUUGCUGGAAGCUUUGCUUUUUUGGUUGUCAGUGACCUAAGAACAGGAUAUAGUGAGUAUGUAAUGGAAGAGGAAAACUUUUCUUUCCAUGGUAUUCCUUGGCAAGAGCCAUGUCUGCUGAGAGGUUAGAUGGCUUCAGUACACUUAGAAAAUGUGGCGGAAGCAUCUUCUCUUCCACUGCAUUCUGGCAUGGGUACAGGGGCUUGCUGGUGACCUCUCAUUACAUGGAUUUACUUCAUGAACAUUUUGAUCAUGUAAACUUGAGCUUUCCAAUUCUUACCAGUUUCCUGUUUUUUUUAAACACUUGAUUACUAGUGGCCAGAGGUAUCCCACUCUCAAACAUCAUGAACUUGGUUUCUGUCUACCACGAGUAGCCAAAAGGAAAGAAGCACUAGAAGGGGAAGGGAAGGCUUCCAUCAGACCGGAGACCUCUCCUGGCAAUUAAGAUCCAGUGCCAUGACCUAAUUUUAGGUGUUUAAAAAAAAAGUACAGAUCUCCUAGACACUGUGACGAAAUGGAUGGUCCAUGUGGCACCUCUGAUCCCCCAAGUCCCCAGCCCUUGGUAUUUUUCAUUUACAACAUUCACGGAAGUUAACGUAGCAGUGCUACAAGUUAAGGUUCCAAAGCACAUCCUUCCGUCGGCGCCCCCGUAAAUCAGCGCCGCGCCUGCAUUGCCAUUCAGUCAGCGUUAUUUAUAGCAACUCGAUUUUCUAUUACUGUGGCUCCUGUUCUAAGAACUUUCCCACCUCUUCUGACGUGAAUGUAGCAGAAGUUAGCAGUUGGCUCUUCCAGGUUCCUGUGGGUUACAUGUCGUGUGUAAGAUAUGCAGAAAGAAAGAAAAGAAAAAAAAAUUACUGUCGAAGAAUUUGGAAGACCUGUUAUUAAUAUAGCUAGCAGCAACUAAAAUUUCACAGGCUGUUAACUAGUUGCAAGUAUUCACUCUCACUUUCACCACUUUAUGCGGGGGAGGGGGGCAGUUUUUGUAAGAUUAACAGCCAGAUUCCAUAUCGACCUCAGAUGCUGCGUACUUUUUAGUUUUAUUUUUUCUAUUCUGCCAUCUUGACUGUUAAACAGAAUGAAGAUGUCUGUGAGCUGAGCAGAAUGCUUAGGCCAAGCCUGUUCUCUGCUGUGUAAACAGGAUGUUUGCAGCAGACUUGGCUGUAGUAGCCAUCUCUAAGAUUAGGGAACAAUUGAGUCUUUAUGUUGAAAAGGUCCCCUUCUUCCCCCAUCCUCAGAGUUCAAAUUCAGCAUACAACACUCUAGGUUAUUGUUUUGAGUUUGGGUUUUUUUCUUUUACUUAUCUAUAAGGUCUUUAGGAGUAGAGAUACAUUUUUAGCUGGUUAAAAAAAAGAAAUCAAACCUGUUCUUCUCCAGUGUUUCGCCAAGUUUUCUCACACUUCACGUCUAUGCAUUAACUACACUUCUUAGUGUUACUACAAAGAGAAAUCUUAUUGUUUUCCCUCCCGUGAGUGUACAACUAAGGCUGCGUGCGAUAGUGCAGAUGAAAAUAGUCUGGCCCAUGUGUAUAACCUCAGCAGUUAAUCAGAAAACGGAGUGCCCUUCCCCUCAGCUGCAGAACUGCACCACAGCCUCUCUGCUUUCUUAUCCACAAGUACAGGGUGUCCAAGCAGUCUAGAAACAGGCAGGUGUAUACAAUGUUGUCAAGGACAUCAUCAGUCUAUUACAAAACAGAAUAUUAUCUCUAUUUCCAGAUUUAGUGCACACCCUGUGAUAAGGCCUGUAGGUUUAUGGCCAGUGCCAAAGGUGUGUGUAUUUUCAGAGAUGGUCCCCAUUUGUCAAUGAUGGCGUUGUUUUCUUGACCUGAAAUUUGACAAAGGAGGUACUGGCAUCACAUUCUUCAUUUGAAAUAAUUAUCAACUUCAAGAAUCUAUGAACAUAGUAAUAACAUAAUUAAAAUUGAGCAGUGACCCUGCCUGCUUCAGCAGAGGAAAGAGGCCACAGACAUGCACAGGAUGGUGAAGGGAACACCGGUCAGGAAACAGGGCUACACCCCACCGGCUGGGCAUCCGCGCCAUCCUCAUGUUUACGGUCACUCGGACUCGAUCUGGACUAAUUACCAAGUAUUCAAACAUUUGAGUGGUUUUUUUUGUUUGUUUAUUUUUUGAGUGGUUUUUAAACUGUCAGUCUGUUACAAUAACCUCCAACCAUCACCAAAAUAAAAUAGCAAAAGUGAUAGAAACUGCCAGUGUUUGCCUCACAGAAUUUAAGUAAUUUCCUCUUCAGUUAGCCGUACACCUGAAUUUGUUUUUAACGACAACUGUGCACACCGGGAAAAACGGUACUGCCCUGAGCAAAAGGUCUCUGCAAAAUUCAGCUGUUGGUUCUUCAUUGUGACAAACGCUUGUUUUGUUCAUGGGAGGAGAAAGGUCAGAAAGAGGCAAGAAGCGUUCUGUUUUAAAUUGAAAAGAAAUAGUGUUUCCCUAAAGCACUUUGUGCCUCAGUUUCACUUUCAAAAUAUAAAUCACUGUUUUGAAAGUAAAUUCCCAAUUGGAAUUGAUCCAUUUUGAGCCAAUAUUAAUUAGCUGGGAUUGUUCUUCUCAAAAAGUGAAAGUCCUCUUUGCUGCUGCUGGUGAGCAGCAGAAGAGAAACAGUGGAGUAGCUUCCGAUGUUGUGGGGCGAAGUGCUUUCCUUCCUUUCUGGUCCCCCGCUUCCCUGGACCUCUUACUGCAUCUGGCGGUCCUUCUCCUUGGGGUCCUGAAAGGCGUGCACAGUCCUCGGAGGGCUGGGUUGUGAGAGGUGACGGGAUGCCAGGAGCCACUUCGCUGCAGGACCAACCUGACAGCAGAGCUUUAUGGAGAGGAAGAGAGUAUAUCCUGCGUGUGUUCGCCAAAAAUGAAAAAGGGGACUGUUUAUACAAAACAGAGCAAAAACCUUUGGAACCCUUAAAGAAGUUACAUACCUUUUAAAGGUAGUAGAGUUUUUCACCAAGUGAUACAUUCAGCAUGACACUUCUUGCCAGACGUUUCGGGAUAAGUUAAAAUAUAUGUGUUUAAAACACCACCCCAACCCCCCCCCCCCUUUUAAUUUUGUCCAAGGAAUUACUUACUUAAGUGUAGUAUUUCUGAAUGUGCCUUUGUGAGUUCAGAGACCGUCUGUUUUAGGAAGAACCUACCCAUUGGGAUAAAACAGAAAGACGGUCAGCUUGGUCUUUAGGGAAGUCGGCAUUUCUCCGGACCGACCCCGGGGCGUUUUAAUUGCACAGUGUAGAGUCGUGGGGGAGAGGUUCCGGGACUUGGGAGAGGGGAUGACGAGGUGAUGAUGCACAGAUGACAGAGACCAGGUUAGUCCAAGAGUGCAGGUUGAACUUAAUCUCUCUGCAUUGCCUAGUCUUCUUCGUGUUUAUGUGUGUGCGUGUGUGGCUGUGGCUGUGGCUGUUUUAGUCUUUGUUUUCCCGUAAGCACUGGAGAAUUGAAAUAUGGUGAUGCUUGUGACACACUCGUGCACGUCGAGAAGGCUUUUCUCCCUCCUGCCUCACGCACGGCAGGCGGCGCGUUGCCACCCUUUGAGUCUGUGUCCUGAGAAGGCAAUUCUUUUCCCAAAUGGAAGUCACAUAACGUUGCUGUUUGUGCAAACAGGGUAUCACACACGAGGAAAAGGCUUUUGAGAGGAUAAGAUUGAUGUGUUUGUGAAAGAAAAGAGAAAAAUCUGCAAUCAUAUUUUAUUUCUUCAGAACUAUUAUAGUUAAACAUAGAAAUCUGCAGUGUCUCUUCCUUUGUUUCACGUUUGUUUUAAACAAUUCCACCUCUUCUCCCCACUCCCUCUCUUUUCUAAAGAGAAAUCAAGUGAAUGCUAAGGGCCAUUUCCAUAAUUCCUCAGAACUCCCCAAAGAGGAAAACAAUCCCUCCGCAAGAUUCCUUCAGCUUCAUUCAGGAAGACACAGGGAGGAGAGAUGCUGCAGCUUCCGGGGCUUCACUCUCAUUCCUCUCUAAUGGCCUUGAAAUGUAUUAUUAUGCAAAUGUGAAUUUUGAUACUGAAUUUAAGAAGAGGUUGUUGGAUUUUUCUUUUUUCAAAAAAAAAAAAGGUCCCAUAUGUGGUCAUCAUUGCUUCUUUACUUUGUAACGUGUGAAUUGUAACUAUGCAUUCUGCAAAGGGGGGGGUGGGAGGAGAGGGCAGAAAGGGGAAGGAAGUAGCUUUGUAUCCUUGUUCUACAGUUUCUGUGUCCAUGGUAUCCCCUCAAGCUGGCAGGGAAGGGGAGUGAGAGUAAGAAGCGGUAAGGUCGGCCCAGUGAGGUAGAAAGAGACCUGUGAGUCCGGCCUGGCACUUCCUGGGGGGCCUGCAGUCCCUACCAACCAGUGUGGUAUGGGAUCUCCAUCCUAGCCGUGCAGUGUCAGCCUGGUGCAACAGGAGGGCCCAGAAGGCCCCCGUGUUUUCCGGAAAAAAGUGCUCACCCUGUCCUGAACUCAAAACCCUUUCCAGCUCAGGAAACCUUGCCUCACUCGUGCUGACCUUAAUCUUUAUGUCAUUUCAAAAAAAAAACUCCUCCUCCUCACUCCGUUUUAAUUUUUCUUUCUCAUUUUUAAGUGAAUUUAAUUGUAAGGAAACUUUCUUGCUCUACGGGGAAGAGGUCUGUUGCUUGACAGGCAAACAGGGCAGCUCUCCCCUAUCCACUACCCCUCCGCCAUAUGUGACCUCUCUGCUUCCCUUGCAGUUACUAAGCUGUGUGUAGCUAGUGAGCAGCGAGGUGUUUGACACGGGAAAGCCCACAGCCUCCUACUUGUCCUGACAGCAUCCCUCUGUUGAUCCUUCCUGCAGUCAGUCGUGGCCCUUGCAUUGCUCUGGUCUAGGCGUUACUGGCAACACACAGUAUCGGAAGCAAGAGACCGCCGUGCCUGGAGCCAGUGUUUCCCUGCAGCAGUUUUGCUGUUGAUGUUCACAGUACUGUAACUAGUAACAGACUUGAUCACAGUCUCCUCGUGCCCCUGCAAGCCUGCACAGGCACGAUCUCAUCAGGGUUCCAAUCUGUUAGAUUGCCUUUAGACAAAAAAGAAAACAAAAAAAUAAAAUUCUGACGUUUCAGCUGUCUAACACAAAACAAUACCUCGAGGUACAUUUCCCCUGCAGUGUAGACCCUUAACUCCCCUCCUUUUCUGACAUCGGUGGGUUAUCCUUGGAAAAAUAUGAACAUGUAGAUAGCGGGAUAACUUUUACAAUUUUUCUUUGCUGUGAAAGUAACCCUAAAAUAUGAUGUUUUCCACUUCUUUUUUUAAAGCCAUCAGAAGUUUCAGAUCUUAUUCUUUCAUGUUUAAGAAGAGAAAGCAGAACAGGUCAGGGGAGUGGUCUUGCAUUUGUGGGGUGAUGUUCUCUCCAUUGCCUCCCAUACACAGUGACGACAGACCAGUGUUUAAACCCUGCUCUGAAUAGAUGCCAUCUAUUCUAGCUCUAGUUCCAGGGUAGGGAGUGUCUGGAUAUCUCUCUUCCAGAAGAUCCAUCCCCUCCAGGGACUCCAGAAUGUUUUCUCCUGAGACCUUGAGUUCUCAGCCUUUCUUGGUUCAAACACACACACACACACACACACACACACACACACUUUGAGUAACUGAGUAGCAUUCUGUAGAUCAUAAAGAGAAUCAGUCCCUGGCAUUUCAAUUUUGUGCUGUAGAAUUCAUAGCCGUGUCACUUUGCGAUGCUCUGGAAAUGAAUUGAUUUCUUACUUAGAAGGAGAGUCAGCUGAGAUGUGCAGGCAACCUCCCUGAAAGGCCCGCGCACCCUCAGGUGUCCCUCCCUCCACAAGGCUUGAAGCUGACUUUAGGGAGAGGUAAAUAACGAGUGCUGCUUGUAGGGAUCUGUCAGCUACUGCUCUCCUAGAUUUGGCCGCUCACGAGGCAGGACCAGAAUAGAUCGUUUUGAAUAGCUUCUUCGCAAACCCCCUAGCUCCUCCCCAUCUUAAAGAUAAACCCUGUAUCUUUCAGGAAGCCCUUUUUAGGUUGGGCUCACUGAUCUUUGUCUACUGACGACUUCCUUUGAGGGAAGAAGCUUGAUGAUAAAUGCACGCAUAUCCACCACCCACCUUCUGAUCUGGGCGCUGUCGACCUGUGAAUUUUAUUUCUGUUGUUUGUGUGGAAGCCCUUUUCUAUCAGUCUCCUUCCUCUGGUCCCUCCUGAGUUUUUCCUGCCCUUCUGUCCCUCUGCGAUGCUCCCAAAGGGCUCUGCUGAUCUCUGCACUUCUGUCCUGGGACACUCCCCCCCACCACCCUUUGCACACACCAGUGACCAAAGUGUGUCCAGUGAUCUCACAGAAGACCUAAAAAAUGGUGCAUGCACCAUGAAUGUGCUCACAGAGACACGUGCACAAGAUUCUGCACCCUUGGCCUUAACCUCAGUAUGACUUAAGGUGCAGGAACAUUUUUAACAGGUUUUAAAAAAACAAAAAAACCCUUCCCAGAGGAAAAAAAAUAAGCAGAUGCAACGGCUCAACCAUGCCCACUCCUAACGCUCCACUAUUUGCUUAUGACUUACUCUGUGCCCACCCCACCCCUCCCUGUUUCGAGUAACCAAAAACAGAUAACAGAAGCAACCCGAGGAGAGGUUUCUGGACUAUUUUCUCUUUCUCCAUUUAGAUGGAGAUAUAUAUGCUGCUUUGGGUUCCAUAAUCCUAGGGGGCUAUGUUUACAUAGUAAAAUACAUCCUACCAAAUCAGGAAACUGAAUAUGGGAAUCUCUGCAAUGAGAGUUAGGUCACUGAUGGUGAACAAGAGAAGUGAGGGCCCUGGGGGAUGGUGCAGAGGAGAGACGGAGCAGUGCCACCUGACGGCCUGGGACGUGUGGCUCCUCCCUUCGCUUCUCUCCUUGUCCCCUUUCACAGAAGGUGCAGAGAAGGGCAUCAGAAAGAGGCUGGAUCUUUCAAAGGCAGCUUUCCAACUUUGCACACAAACAGGUAACAGGAAGGUACAGCAAAAAUCCUCUCAUCUGAAACACUGUCCGCAGAAACAAAACCUGUAAACAUGACUAAAUAGCUGCACAAUUUUGAUGCUCUCUGCAAGUUACCUAGAAGUGUUUUGUUUUUCUUAUACUUGAAAUAGCUUUUACAAUGUUAUUUUGGUGGCUUUCUUUUCUCUCUACUGGUGGGCCAUAGAGAAAGUGGAUGAUGGGAUUUAAGGAAGUUUGAGGGGAGAAAAGGGAGGCUAUGGCAUUGUCUUUUUUUUUUUUUCUCUUAAACAUAGAGGUUUAAUCAAACUCCCAUAUGUUGAAAUUGCUCCUCAUAUGACUGGUUUUACAUGGACACAGAAACUAGGCACUUUAGAGGUGCACUUGCAUGGCAGGCUGGGCCCCCCUUUUCUAUAUUUUAUUUUACUUUUUUAGUAUAGUGGUACUUAAAAUCACUGGUUCACUUAAAAAACAAACAAUAAAAUGUUAAACUCUACUAAUGUACAAAUAAGCUGAAAAGUUGCAUUUUAUGUGUA